CCCUUUUUUUUGCUGUGUUUUCACUUUUAUAUAUGUUGAUCGGAAUUAGGGUGAAGCCUCGAUGAGCAAUAUCCCUUCCUCCUUCACUGAUUCCUCUUUCAAUCUCUUCACCCUCGCCAUCUCUUCCUCUCACGCUUGGAUCUUCACUCUUUGACAAGCUUCCAAUUGCAGCAGCUGCAGCGGCUUCUUCUUCUUCUUCUUCUUCUAAUUCCGAUGGGGUUUGGCGGCGGUGGCGGCGGUGGCGGCGGUGGCGACAAGCAUCAGCACCUCCUGCAUCUGAAUUUCCAUUUCCAUAUUCAUUUGCCUCACUUUCACCACCAUCAUCAUCGGAACAAGGUGGAGACUCCCAAGGGGUGUUUGGCUAUUCUCGUCGGCCAACAGCAAGAGCGGUUCGUGAUUCCUGUCAUUUAUGUUAACCAUCCUUUGUUCGCUCGGCUCUUGAAGGAGGCCGAAGACGAGUAUGGCUUCGACCAGAAAGGACCUAUCGCCAUCCCUUGCCCUGUCGACGACUUCCGUACUCUCCAGGGCAUAAUUCAUCACGAUCAUCACCCCCAUCAUCUUCUUCCCAUCUCCUGUUUUAGGGAUUCGUCUCAUCCCCAUUGCUGAUAUUGAUGAAUACCGACCUUAGUUCUUAGUUUUGGGUCCUCUUUGUUUGUUUGUUAAUUUUCUGAUACACAUAACCAAUAGCAAUUCAUGGUUACCAUUGCUUUCUGGAAGUGGAAUUGGAAUUUCCUCUGUUUAUACAUUCAAAUUAUUGUCACUGUCAACAUGGUCUAGCUUGCCAUUGAAUGUUGUAUCAUAUACGAGCUUCUUCAGCCUCAAUCAUGAUGAUUAAUCUCUGUUUCUUCCUA